CAGAUACCAGCGUGUGACCUGCUGAUACCAGCGUGUGACCUGCUGAUACCAGCGUGUGACCUGCAGAUACCAACGUGGCAUGAGCUUGGAUCACACACAAGAAAGGUCAGGUUAGAAUGAGUCAACCAACAGAUCACGUGAUUAGCAUCAUCAGCAGACCCAGCCAAGAGAGACAGGAGGCAGAGAUUGACCACAUUCUCUCCUGGCUCAGGAAACGUGUUCCCACACUAAGCAAGAUUCAGACAGGUGAGCUGGUGAAAAUCGUCAAGUUUUGUCAGCAUCAGACAGCAAAUACUGAUGACGUCAUCAUCCAGCAGGGUACUGUGGGGGACAGGAUGUAUGUAUUGUUGCGGGGCGCCGCAAGUGUCUAUAUUGACACGACGUUGACUGGGGAAGAAGACGCCCCACGGGCCGCACACCCCAGCGCAGCAGACUAGAUGGCGGGGGACAAGUCAAAGCUGGGCAAAUUUAUCAUGAGAUAUGGAGCUGGUGAGAGUUUUGGCGAGGCCUCCCUGCUAGCAGACGACAAACUGAGGAGCGCUACAGUUGUAGCAGACGAUCACUGUCAGCUGAUGGUCAUCGAUCAGGCCUUGUUUGAUACAGCCUUGAAGUCCCAGCAGGAGCAGAUGUACAAAGAGAUCUCCCAGUUUAUCGAGGCCACGCCCCUUUUCUCACGCAUGUCCCACAAGUUCAAGAGGAUCGUCCAGCUCAGCCUCAGAAAGGUCCAGUCACCACUGGACGCCAUCUUGUGUCACCAGGGGCGCCCCGUCGCCGCACUCUUCUUUAUUUUAAGCGGUCAAGCUACAAUCAACGUGGACACUGGUCACCACCAGCAACAAUACCCUCACCUGCUAACACCUGAUGAUAGCUUCGGUCAUCACAAGAUGGCGGCGCCCAGUGUCAGAGAGAAGGCAAGACACCAUAAGACAGUUGAGAGACAGGGGAAGAAACUCUGCCUGUGCAGCGUCCAGAGCGGGGAGGUAAUCGGUGACCUGGAAGUGGUCUACGGCCUAGACACUCACUUCUGCACCGUCCAGUGCACCACCGACACCGCCAUCUUUGUUCUCAACAUGAAAAAUGUGGAGCGGCUCCUGGGGAAACGGAACCGUGUCUUUCUUGAGACUCUAAAGGAGAACUGCAAGGCCAAGCUGAAGCUGCGGGCGUGCUCUCAGCUGGGCAGUGACGUCCCCCUGUUGGCGCGGCUACUGCUCGAUGACGUCACACGUCCGGCCUCACUUCCGGUCGUGGAAAAAAUUCGAAACGGGAAAAAUUUACCCAGCCGAGAUGUUCAGCUUCGACACAUGCUGGUCAAGUUUGAGAAGGGCGAGGCUGCACUCAUUGAACCCAUGGUGCCCGGCGCCCUCAUCUACAGGGAUCAGAUGAGAGAGAGGGCCAGGAUACGAGCCAACAUCCGCAGGAGGUCCACCUUCAAGUCCAUGGUCACUGAGAGUAAGCGUAGAAGCUCCCAGCGGCAAGCCCGGAGCCGCCGCGCCAUACUGCAGGCACUACACGAGCUGAUGACCGAACCAAGUGACGACCAGCAGCCAGACGGCCCCGCCCUGGACCAGCCGCCCCCUCACCCCCACACACGCACGGACCCAGGAAAUGACGUGUUACAAGACGAAGUAACUGUAAGAAACGAAAUUUCCGACCAGUCUCACAAGCAAGCGGACAAAGUGAAAAGCUUUGCCCCGGCAGACAAAAAGGUGGACUUUGACUUCGCUUCCGGUCAUGUGAUUGAAGAAGCGAAGGAUGAAAAUCUUGUGACGUCUCGACAGUCCGCAGCCUUGACUGGCGUCGGUCAAGGUGGGAGGCUCAUCAUAGAAUAUCAGAGUCAAAAUGUUGACAGCAUAACUGGAACCAACACAAGAUUCCCUCCACUGGUCAAAUCAGAAGUACGUCUAGCACAAGUCAGCAGUGUCCGGCAGACGGCGCGGCCUGACCUCGGGUCACGUGACGAGCUGCAGACGUCGGAUAGGCAGUUGGAGGAGCUGGAGGCCCGCGUGAAAAACUUUUUGCUGCAACAUUUCAACGUCCGCAGCUGUCAGCUUCCACAUCUCCAGCGCCAGACUAGCUGUGUUACAGCUAAACCCGGAGGGAAAGUUUGGAUCAAGAAGGUCAAGUGUCCUUUUGCUAGUAGUAACGUCCAUGUGUCUAAUCACAAUCACGUGCGCUAUCACAUGACACCCGGACCUGACCACUUCCGGCCAUCUGUAGCGGGGGGGAUCUCCCACUUCAACACGUGAACAUAAACUACACGACAAAUUCAUUACUGGUGGAGCAGACAGUCAAUAGCAGGAUUUGUCAGCUUUCUAGUGCAGUCAGUCAGUCAGUCAAACAUCAGAAUUUGUCAGCUUUCUAUCGCAGUCAGUCAAACAUCAAGAAUUGUCAGCUUUCUAGUGCAGUCAGUCAAACAUCAAGAUUUGUCAGCUUUCUAGUGCAGUCAGUCAAACAUCAGGAUUUGUCAGCUUUCUAUCGCACAGUUGUGACAUAUAGAAAAAGAAAUCAGACCAAAAAUGUUAUAAAUGGACCAAAAGAUUCAAAACACAGCAUUUUCAUCUAGCCCAAAUUACAAACUUAAAAAAGAAUUUUUAAGAGUCGUUAACAUGUGUGAUCUUUUAUUGUGAAGUUUAUGCCUCUAUUUAACUCUACUGGUACCUCUCUAUUUAUACUGCACUAUGCUUCUCUACCUGUCAACUCUACUGGUACCUCUCUAUUUAUACUGUACUAUGCUUCUCUACGUGUCUACUGGUACCUCUCUAUUUAUACUGUACUAUGCUUCUCUACCUGUCAACUCUACUGGUACCUCUCUAUUUAUACUGUACUAUGCUUCUCUACCUGUCAACUCUACUGGUACCUCUCUAUUUAUACUGUACUAUGCUUCUCUACCUGUCAACUCUACUGGUACCUCUCUAUUUAUACUUUACUAUGCUUCUCUACGUGUCUACUGGUACCUCUCUAUUUAUACUGUACUAUGCUUCUCUACGUGUCUACUUGUACCUCUCUAUUUAUACUGUACUAUGCUUCUCUACCUGUCAACUCUACUGGUACCUCUCUAUUUAUACUGUACUAUGCUUCUCUACCUGUCAACUCUACUGGUACCUCUCUAUUUAUACUUUACUAUGCUUCUCUACGUGUCUACUGGUACCUCUCUAUUUAUACUGCACUAUGCUUCUCUACGUGUCAUCUCUACUGGUACUUCUACUUUUCCUACUCCAAUUGCACAACUCAACUAACCCUACAAGAAGUAGGUCUGUAGUAGUAAGCAGAGGCGUAGCCUUGGGGAGAGCGGUGGGUGCGGACCGCACCGGAUGACACCAUUUAGGGGGGUGACACCGAGGCAAAAAUAGCAACAAAUUUUCAAAGAAAAAAAUAUCAUUAAAGUUAAAUAAAUGAUUAAUAUAUAUAUCUUU